AUGGAUCUCCUCGCCCGUGGCAACGAUGCCCUGAUCGUCAACCCUGCAGUGGGCGUGGAUAACACACUCUCCCUGGGGGGCUCUGACUGGCUUUGGGCCGUUACAGCCGUCUAUCUCAUGGCCUUUAUCGGUUUGCUUUGCUUCUGUUUCGCUUCCCCCGAAAGCCAGAGAGUGUUCCACUACACCUUCACCAUCGCCCUGCUCGUUGGAUCCGUGACCUACUUUGCCCAGGCCUCCAAUCUGGGAUGGAGCGCCCAAGCCAGCGGACAGAUGUUUUGGGCCAAAUACGUGAACUGGAGCAUUACCUUCCCGUCUGUGGUGCUCUCUCUCGGUUUACUUUCGGGUGUCUCCUGGACCACGAUCGUGUGCAAUAUUUUCAUCGCUUUUAUCUGGACCUUCACCUACCUCGCCGCCGCCUACACUCCUACCAGCUACAAGUGGGGGUUCUUCACUUUUGGCACCUUCUCCUAUGUCGUCCUCGCCAUGAGUACCCUCAACGAAAGCCGAGAGGAAGCUGCCCGCCGGGGUAUUGGCCGCGACUACAUUCUACUGGCUGCGUGGGCAAAUCUGCUCUGGCUUCUGUACCCUGUCGGAUUUGGCUUGACUGAUGGCGGCCAUGUCCUUGGAGUCACUAGUGGCGCCAUCUUCUUUGGCGUGCUAGAUAUCCUGAUGGUGCCUGUUCUCGGCUUCGGAUAUGUCCUGCUCGGAAGACAUUGGGACUGGGACAGGCUUGAGCUGGCCUUCAGCGAGUAUCGUGGGUUUGGGCAUGGUCGGCAAGUCGAAGCCAAGACUGUCCCCGCCGAGAUGACGCGCGCUGACGACGCCUCUCCCGACACCGCUUGA